AAAGAUUACGUGGAGUUUUCCUGCGGUGAUGGGUAAAUAAUUUUGAGGAAUGUUCAACAGAUUGUAAUUUAAACAUAUCUCGGAUGAAUAACAUCAUCUUCACCCGCUAGCUGGUGUAAUUACAUAAAUUUGCAGUUAAAUAAAUGGCUGAUUACAAUGUGACAAUAAAUGUGUAAAUACAACUAAUGUUGAAAAUUAUUAAGACAAAAUUGAAUAGCACUGAAUAAUCUUAAAUCGCACAUCAUAAAGAAAAGUAGAGACGUUUAUUAAGAUUAUGAACAGCUACUGUAGACACGAGAGCAGGGCAAAUUCAGUAAACUGAAAUCCACUGCCUUCUCAUCACUACAUGUACUAUAUAUCCUCAAACUACUCCCGCUGCUAUUUGAAAAAAUGUUAGUGGGAAAAUCUGUUUCGAUAUCAACGUGUUAACGUUUCUCGGCUGGUUGGGCAGACUUAAAGGUCACCCCGUGUCAGGGAAUUCAAGACAGUCUUGGAUUCUGGAUUCCACGCAUUUGAUUCCAGUCUUUUUAGUAGAACUUGGAUUCUGGAUUCCAAUCCUUAGUAGGAUUCCGGAUUCCUUGAGCUGAGUAUUCCGGAUUCCAAAGCCCAGGAUUUCGGAUUCAACAAGCAACAAUUUCACGGAUUCCGGAAUCCUGAUUCCCUUACAGGGUCGAUAAAGGGGCUAUGUCACGCUAUUUGCUAUCUUUUUAACAAGCUAAAACUCGUCUUCACGUCAGUUGAAUUCUAAAAAUAAUGGCCCGGUUUUGUUAUUUAAGACUAUAUUUAGGAAUUAAAGGCUAUUUCCUGUCGUCUGUUACAACGGAUGACAAGCAUAGACUUGGACUGAAACUUGAGAACGUUUGGCCAACCUUUUCAAGUAUUAACUGAUAUGUCUUUAAAAAUCUCCAAAAUAUUUUUUAUAGUUAGUGCUGCCUGAUGAAAUUUGUUUGCUAUCACCAGUCUUCAUAUACUCUACUGGACCAUUUUUGUAUGGGUUAGUAAAGGCACUAAGUAAAGACUUCAGCACAGAACUGACCCAGAAAAGUCCUAAAACAGUAACAUUCUAGUGCUCCUUUAUCCCUCUUCUCUUAACCCAAAGCACAAACUUAGUUCAGUUAUGGCCGUGUAUGAAUCGAAAGAGACUGCGUUUUGGGUCUUUCAGGAGAAGUUCUGCUAUCUAUUUUUACCAGUAAAAAUGGGUUUAUCGAUUGAAAGAGAUUUUUAAAUCCCUCAAUUUUUUGCAGCCGCUGGUCCUACGUAGGCUGUCAGAACAGUGGGAAGCAGAUAGUUUCUAUUGGAAAGUUUUGUUUCUUCCAAGGCAUUGUUGUCCACGAGAUUGGUCAUACUUUAGGUACAAGUGUUUACUUUGUUGUUUACUUUUAAAGAUAUUUAUUUUUAUUUUAUUUUAUUUUUAUUUUAUUUAUUCCUCCAAUUCCUAGCUGAUACAUAGUUAUGUAAAUAUAACUGAGAAAAAUAAUAUAGUAACAGAUAAAGAUUUACAAAGGAAAUAAACGCGUAAAAUAGAAAUUACAACACUUAAAUUGAAUUACAUUGUAUAUUGGAAGGAGAGGAGAUAUCCCACACAGUUGAUGGAUAAAAAUAGCGGAGAUCUUCUUCCUGAACAUCCUAAGUGAGACCAAAAUCUGCGAUUUCUUCCCAGAAAGCAAGAGGACGCGCGAGCGGAUCAAAUGGGAGUCCACCAACAUCCGCAUGUCGGAUGAAACAAUAUAUUGGAGUUAAUCCUACUCGUAAAGGAAACCAAUAAUCAGGGCGUAACUCAAGCUCAAUUUUUGUCGCUGACUGUGAGGCGCAGACGUCUCUCCAAGCGGCGAGGAGCGAGGCCAAAACGGCUGUUUUGGCAGCCGGGCUACAUGCAGCGUCCAUAGCAGUAUCUGCAUGACGGCAAAUAUUGUCGUUCCGUCCUCCACCCUCCCUCAACCUAAGGGCCCUAAUAUAAUAGCUUUUUUGUUUGUAGCCUGCUAACAUGACCAUUUUGAAAUAAGCAGGUUCGGUUCUUUUUUAAACAUAAAAUAGGAGGUUUACAUGCAGUUCAUAGUAGUAAAAUCAUACCACAACACGAUUACCACCGAUUACUUCUUUCACAGGAUUCUCGCAUGAACAGAGCCGUCCUGAUCGAGAUGAUUACGUUCUUUUUCAAACAUAAAAUUAAGGACCGGAGGUUUACAGUUCAUAGUUAUGUAGUUCUACUUUAAAGUAUUGAGGACAUACCGGGGGAAGUGAAAUCAUACAACAACACAAUUUUCUUCUUUCACAGGAUUAUUGCAUGAAAUGAGCCGUCCUGAUAGAGAUGAAUACGUGGAUAUUGUUUGGAACAACAUCAAAGAAGGUAUUGAUCUUUAUUGAAAGACAGGAAAAUAAUACUGACUUUCAGUGCCUAAGGCAGUGAUUCAUUGUUUCGUAGUAAAAGCAAUCUAACAAUAUUCACCCAGUUAAAAGUAUGGAAAAGUAGACUUAAUGUACCGCGUGGAUGAAUGUUUGAAUUCCUGCCACUUGGAAGACAUCAGUUUCGUCUGUUACGAUGAACCGCUUCAGCCGCCGCUUCUGUUGGUUUCAGGCUCUGGGUGGAAUGGAUGACUUACCGUGAAGCAUGGAGCAUAAGUGCAUGACUACGAAAAACUUUACAUGAGUGACGAGGGUGGGCCUAGGGGGAGGGGGAGGUGACUCUAUUGCUUUCCACCUUCAUUUCAGUGUUGACCCACUCCGCCUGCCAGUGUGACGUCCGCAUAGAAACGGGCAAGAGCCUCGGAUCGCUUGUGCAAAUUAACAAGGGAUACGACAGCUGUUAGGACGAGCGAGGUCGAGGAAAAGCUAAGAGGCUAGCAAAUAUCGUCAAAUAUCGCGAUCGCAAGUGUGUGAGCUUUGUUGUUGCUAUAAUCUAUUUGUGUAAACCGUCCGUAAUUGUAUAAUUUUGUUAAUUUGUUUUGCGGGCCGUGUUGCGGGAUCACCAUCUUUUUCACUGGACCAGCAAGUUCAUAAAAACUUAAGCCUUUUUCUCUAAAAUAGGCAAGGUCUAAUGUCCAGAAUAGGAGGUUCCAUUCACAGAUCACACAUGUUUAUUUUUCAUCUUUUCUUAACUUCAUAUCAAUCCUUUCGAGUGUGCCUCUGUUGAUUUCCUAAUUCGCCACCAAAUUCAGUAAAGCUAGUUUGAUGGAUUAUCUACAUCGAUCGGCCCGUUGAACCGGAAAUAAUGCGAAAUAGCUUUGAAACACGCGCUUAAGCUAAUUUUCCUCAAAUGUAUAUUUGAAUUUAUGGUAAAUACAGCUCCACCAGCUUCAAAAAUCGUCUAUGGCCGAAAAAAAUGGUUUUGAUACAACCAAAUUAAUUUUUCAAAUCGUGUGUGUGUGGCAGUUUGGUGCAAUGGUCAAGCAGCUGCUUGCACCUGCAGGCGAACCGGGUUCGACUCCCGGCGACGAUAUUUUCUGUUUCUUCAGUUUGUAUCAUUUUUUUUUCUGUUUAGGCUUUGUUUUUAAGUCCUAUUUUUCCUUUUGGCCUGUUUUUCUUUAUUCGUAGUGCUAACCCUACUGAUCAUACACUUGGAUCAAUAUAUAUAUUAAACUUUACUCCGGAGUUAUAUUUUAGAAAAGGGACUAAGCUAGUACAACACAAACCUUUCUAAUUUAUACCCAACAACCACUGGCGAAAUGAAACUUGCCUCUUGUUCAUCGUCUUAAUCAUAACAAUAUUAUUACCCUAAAAUCUCCACUGGGUUUACCCGAAAACAAUAAUCAAACGAACCCUUUUAUUAGUGUUCGGGAUUUAAUUACAGAAUUAUAGGUGUAUGUCCAGUACAGUAUUGAAAUACGGCAAAGCAACAAGAUUCAGUGCUCACAGUCUCUCACAAAUACCCGUCAUUUAGCUUCUUCUUUCAACGCUACCAGCUAAGCGAACUUUGAAAGGAUUGAUAUGGAGUUCCACUAGCUCUGAGGAGCUGAAAAUACGCCCAAUUGAAAGUACUAAUAUAUCAUUUGAUGAACUUCCUAUUGCUGUGUCAACAUUCUUUCAUCUUGCUGUGCACUGGCCCUCAAAAGUGUGACCGGUCGGUCAACGAUUGCCCCUAAAAUUUGCUCGACGAUAGAAAGAAAUCUUAAAAAUUCAUUACACCACUGGACGUUUUAAUCCCAAAUCUUAAAUCUUAAAAUCUCCAGAUCCAAGAAAUCGGAACAGUAUUUCCGUGAUAAAUUCGAAAUUUUUAUCCGUCUCUUCGAUGAACACUUUGCUCGCCAUUUUGAAAGUCAACGACUCGAGACGUGACGUCAUACUGGCAGGCGGAAUGAACCACCGGUUUUUUUUGGAGACACCUCCCCCGCCUUGGUUUUACCAAUUAAUCAAUCUUUUCCCUGUGGCCUUUCUCUUGGAAUCCACAAAAGAAGAGCGCUCGAGACGAGGUUGAUCAAUGUAUCGAAAAAGGGAAUAUCUGCAGCUGUUUACCACUAAUAAUUUACAAUUACCGCAAAUGAAUAGAACCUCCAUGUAAAUACAUUACAUUUGUCUUGUCUGUACCCUCAGAACAAUGGUACAAUUUUAAGAAGUAUGGCCAUGGAUAUAUUCACAGCCUGGGACUUCCCUACGACUACGAAUCUAUCAUGCAUUACGGGAAGCGAGAAUUUGCGAAGUGCCCAUGGCAAACUACCAUACGACCCAAGAAAACAGGGGUGUCCAUUGGCCAACGACGUCACCUCAGUCCACACGAUGUUGAGAAGGUGAAUCGUUAUUACAGCUGCGAGAAAUAAACCUUUUAUGCGCCUUUCUAAGUCAAAAUUUCGGAGAGAGCGAAAAUAAUAAUAACAAAUAAAAACAGAACGGAC